AUGAUAACAAAUUUUUUGCGAACCUUUGCUAAAAAUCGGGGGACUAAUAAACUGCAUUUAUUCUUCAAUUAUAAUAAUCACAAUAACAAUGAACGCAUUCUACAUUCUCGCAACAUAUUUGCAACAACUAGCAACAAUUUAUUACUACUAACUAAAACAGCUUAUCACAGCUCGUUAAUAAAACCUAUAUCAACAACACCAAAUCCUCUAAUAACGCUACAAAAAAAACCACUUGUCGCUACUUAUGCUACACUAAACCAAGUGCUUCGGGGCUGCCGUCGUUCGAAACGUCGUCUUUCAAAAAGUCCCGCGUUGGAAGGCAGCCCACAGAAAAAAGGGGUAUGUAAUAAAGUGUACACGACUAAGCCAAAGAAACCGAAUUCGGCAGUGAGAAAGACCGAACAUUCGGUUGUUCUUGUCAGAGGUGGUCGAGUUAAAGAUUUACCAGGUGUUCGGUAUCAUUUGGUACGUGGAGCUUUGGACUUUCAGGGUGUCCCCAAUCGAAAAACUUCGAGAUCAAAGUAUGGCACAAAGAAACCUAAGACUCCUGCUAAAGCUUAA